UGUCGUUACGGCAAAGGCGCCGUUCUCUAGAAGUAGAGAACAGCUGUGUGUUUCAUUGACUGAGACAGUAGAGUUAGACAAGUCAGAUAAUCGCUUGAAAACGGUGGUAAAACGCUAUUCAAACUGUUGUCCAUGGUCACUGUGGCUGAAAAAUGCUUGAGGUCAGACAGGGAAAUUGAAGGCGGGCAUUCUGUCCUUUUGGGAGCGGCUGCACGGGUGUAACUUUGCCUCUACACCGGUAGUCGAAUGCGUCCCACGUCGGGGCCUCUGGAAGGGAUGGAUUGUGGCAGAUGGAUCAUUCAGCGCUUGAACGAGGAUAUUAACAACUGAAACAACUUUCUCCUGUGUGAAAGAAACGCGGGCGGGAGUGACUUGCUGUUUUCCUGUUUUCGGAUAUAAUAUUCUCGUGGUCACAUGAACUCAAAUACACAGCUGAAACUUGCUAACUGGCUAUAUUUUCGAGGAAGCUAACGUAGCUAGUAUGCUAUCCCCUUGCCUUUGGUAGUUAGCUGCAAUCAACCAGCGCAAAUGCGGCCACACCCUCUACUGCUUCCUGAUACUGGAGAUGUAGCGGGAGACUAAAGCACACUUUGUAAGCAGGAAUAACAACCACUUCUUCUGAAUGAAGUUCUGAAGUAAACAGCAAGUGUUAAAGUUGUGGACUACUUUCAUGAAACUACCAUUUCAGUCGACAGGAUACGACAUCGAGAUGAAUAUCAAAACCGAAACCCGACACCAUCUAUGCCGGACAAGACUUUGCCCCGCUUUCUGCUAAGAGGGCAUAUUCACAAUAGAUAUGCACAUGGAAUUCAGUUUGCAGAAAGAACUCGUCUAUAUCACGGGAUCUUGUAUGAGAAAGAAAAGGUUGAAAGUGGAGGGACGCACGGCCCCGUGGCCCCUCGCUCGUUUUGAAUCUUAUUUUGCUUCAUUGAUGAAAUGAUGGUGCAGGAAAAGCAGAAUGAUCCCGAAGAGGUCAAUCGGAACUGGUCACGGAGCGCAGGCAUGCGUCUGCCGCACUGUUACAAUAGGGUGGCCAAAGUCGGUGGGUACAGUUUAGAUCAUAGUUCGGUGCAUCUACAUCCUGCUACCGUAACGCAACGAGGAUACCACAAUUCAUUUUUGUUUGAUUCAAUUUAAGAAAGGACAUGAUAUAUUAUUUAAAUUGGCAUUUGUUGAGUCAAGAAAAACGUGAAUAUUACCCAUUUUCGUCAGGAGGAAGAAAAAACAUCUUUUGAAUCUCUAGUCAACCUGCACUUUGUUUUUAAGGCACUGCAGUCAACAUUCUGGGUUUUGUUCAUUUGAUAUGCUAUGGACCAAGAUAGCUAAUGGAAACCUAUGAAAACGUCACUUCUACAAAUAUCAGGGGCAAAAUACAAAUUCAUGUGUUGUGAUAUAACAGUGAUGGAAUCAUGUAAUGUGCAAGAUUGAAACGAUAGUUUGACACUGAGAAACUCAGCAUGUAUCAUUGAAGGGAUUUUUGUUCUUUGAUUGACUAUUUUUUCCCUCUUAUUUGUUGAAUAUUACUCAUACAUAGAAAUGUACGAAUACUCUAUAGAGUAUUGCCAAUCCCACAUCAGCAGUGCCGAGACAUGAAAUAAAAUUUUGUGUCUCGUUGGAAAGGUUCCUGCAAAUGUUUACCACAAAGUUUCAAUGUCCUGUUCUCUUUCAAAGUUGUCAGUGGAUUUUAAUGUUUUGAAGGACAUCAAGGAAGACUUCUUGGCCAGUUUCAAUAUUUGUAAAGAAGGUGCAGAUAUAUCUUUUACUUAAGAAGAUGUCUUAAUUUACACGUGUUCACUAUGGCUUGUACAGCAUAAUCUAUUUUUGUAUCAGUCGGCAAUCCAGACUAUUAGCUCAACCAUCCUACUAUGGCAAGUAGUGGCUCGGGGAAGUCAGUUUGUGAGGUUUCUACCAGCAUUUUGAGUGGGAGCUUGCAGCAAAGGAAAAAACUGUCUUCCAUCUGUGAUGCGUGCAAGAGCAAAAUGCAGUUGGUGGCAGACCUGCUUCUGCUCUCCAGCGAGACGAGGCCUGUCAUGAGCUCGGAAGGGGUGUCCGUGGCGGAGACCUUCGAGAAGUGCAGGGACACCGUGAUCGCCCGGACCAAGGAGUUGUCCAUCCUCACCCACGACAUCCAGAGCCAGCUCAACAUGGGCAAGUUUGUGGAAGUUGGGGACCGGCUCGUGGAGAUGGGCGACCUGGUGGUCUCUCUGACUGAGUGCUCAGCUCAUGCCGCUUACCUGGCUGCCACGGAGACCCCCGGCUCCCAGCUGGCCGUGCCGGGCCUGGUGGACCGGUACAAGGUGACGCGGUGUCGGCACGAAGUCGAGCAGAGCUGCGGCGUGCUCCGCGUCACCAGCCUCUCGGACCUGACGCCCCAGGUGCUCCUCGAGGUGUCCCAGAACAUCUCGCGAAACCUCAGGACCCUCUCGGACGUGUCCACCCAGGCCAGUGAAAAGUCCAAGGACAAGUUUGCCAAGGAGCAGUUCCGAGCGAGCGUGAAAUGCAUCAGCACCAGCGCUCAGGCCCUGCUCGCUUGCGUGAAGGAGGUGAAGACCUCGCCGAGCGAACUGACACGGAACCGCUGCGUCCUUUUCUGCGGGCCGCUGGUGCAGUCUGUGCACGCGCUGGUGGGCUUUGCCACUGAGCCCCAAUUUUUGGGCAAAGCAGCCGUCAUCAGCCCCGAGGGGAAGGGCGUGCAGACGGCCGUCCUCGGAGGGGCCAUGAGCGUGGUCUCCGCCUGCGUCCUCCUGACCCAAGGCCUCAGGGAUAUCUCGCAGCAUCCCGAGAGCAGCACCAAGAUGCCGGACUACCGGGAGCGCCUGCGGAAUUCGGCGUGUGCCGUGUCGGACGGGUGCACACUGCUCUCUCAGGCACUAAGGGAUCGAUCGUCGCCCAGAACUCUACCGCCAGUCAACUCCCACUCUGUGAAUUAAAUCCCCCCUUCACUUUGCAAUUGAUUCAGUUCUACCCAUUAAUUGACAUACCAAAGAAACUCAUGAUUGUCCAGGAUGAGUGAAUGUGUUUCUUUAUUUUUCUUCUUUGUCUUCAACUUGGUAUGCCUGUCAGUGAGGUGAGCAGAGUUCAACAGCCAAGUUUGAAAGAUGUAAAGAAACAAAGUGUAAGUCACAGGUUUUUUUGUCACGCUGGAUGUGAUUUAAAGCCUUCACUAAAACUGACCAUUAACUCAUUUCUAAUCCACACUCACCCUUGGCUUCAUAUUGCCAAAAGACAGAAAAAAAGCAUCCCAGUCAAUUUAAAAGCAGAUUAAAAAAAAAAAGUUUACCUCAGUUUUCAGCUAUAUGAAAACGACAGACAAAAUGAUGGAUGUAGCUUCACUUGUCUGACCAAUGACAUGGUGAUCUGUAGAAGUACAUGAGUGUAGUGAGUGAGCGUGGGAAGAGUGUUCAUACUUGUGUGAAUUUUUAAAAAUGGGUUCAAGCUGCUGUGAGUGUGUGCCAUAGGUUUUACACUAUUAUUUACCAGACUUACAAUGGUAUUGUAAUGUGUUUUUGAACAUGCAUGUACUGGAGUAUUUAUUUCAUCUAUUAAAAUGUUGUUUUUUCUCA